AUGGGUGGUAACACGGAAUAUAUAGCAGGCCAUGGCUACCUCUCUCUCGGUCAGGCUGUCCACGUUGCUCAAAACAGCGAAGGAGGCGUUGACCAGCAACUUGCUCAAUUCCUCGAAAAGCGUCUCGCCGUAGUCUGGUCAAAACUAAACGCUCAACCACAGUCCUAUAUCCUGCCUCCAGACGAGUUCGCGCUUAUGAACUAUUAUCGCACACGAUUUGGAGAUAACGAAGUAGUCCGCAACGCUACUAAACGCUUUUGGGACAAUCACAAAGGCGGCCAAUAG